UUUUGUUGUAGACCGAACUCUGAGUGUCUGGUUUUUACGGCAAUACAUAUAAACAUUCGACAAUAUGGACGAAUAUUUUUUUUUCUAUGGCACAUUUCCCAGCUUCUAAGAAGCGAUAAACGUUUGUUUCAUUGUUGUUGAACUUAUUUGAAGAGUAAAAUAAACGAAUCAGGGCGGCCAUUUUGUUGUAGCCCAUAAUUGUGGACAGGAAGUGGGUCCAGCAGUUGUCAGAAUCUUGUUGUGAUUGUGAGGCUGGAAAGUGUGUGCAGAGUGAGCAGCAGGACUUGAUCUUGGUGGACCAAACAUUCGCCAAGGAGAUCAUGAUGGAGAACCAGCUGCCCCUCACACCACUAGAUGGAUCCAGUAACAGAAAUCCCCCAGAGAGAUGUCCCCGUCCUCUGUAUUCCCGGGACUCCACACAGGAACAUCAGGAGAUCCGUCAAGGCCAUGUAGAGAACCAUGUGAUUGCCAUUAAAGAGGAACAUACAGAUGAAGAUGGGAUGUAUGUGAAGGACGAGGAGCACUGUCAAGGGGAUAGAAUUCCUCUGGAGACGAGCACAGAUGGAUCCAGUAACAGAAAUCCCCCAGAGAGAUGCUCCAGUCCUCUUUAUCCUCAGGAUUCCACACAGGAUGAUCAUAACAUGUCAAACAAUGACCUGAAUGAAAACCUGAUUAUUAAAGUCGAGGUGAAGGAAGAAGAUGAUCUAUCUGGCAACGAGUCAAAUAAGGAGGAGGCAAUUCCUAGAGAGAUCAGCACAGAUGGACGAUACAGAACAUUGAAAAUGCGGACACGUCGCCUCACUGCUCCGAAUGGAGAAAAGAGAAAAUCAAGAAUCGGUAAGCCGUUCUCUUGCGGCGACUGCGGAAAGAGGUUUUCACAGAGGUCCCAGUUAAACUAUCACCGGCGGGUACACACAGAGAAGCCCUACUCAUGUCCUGAUUGCAGAAAAUGUUUCAGGCAAAAAAAUCAUCUACUCCGGCAUCAGAUCACCCACAUGGGGGAGAAGCCAUACUCGUGUCCGGAAUGUGGGAAGCUUUUUACCCAGAAGGCCUCUCUUGGCAAACACCAGGCUUUACAUUCGGGGGAGAAGCCCUAUUCAUGCUCAGACUGCGGGAAGUCCUACCGGCAGAAAUCAACGCUGGUCAAACAUCAGCAGGUCUCCAUAAAGAAGAAGCCAUUCUCCUGCGAUGACUGCGGGAAAUGCUUUGAGAAGAAGUCCAUCCUCAUUGGGCAUCAGAGGACCCACACGGGCGAAAAGCCAUUUACCUGCGCUGAGUGCGGAAGGAGCUUCGCUUUGCGCUCGACUCUCCUGGUCCAUCAGUCCAUCCACUCGGGUGACAAGCCGCUCUCAUGUUCCCUCUGUGGAAAGGGCUUUCUCCACAAGUCCCGUCUUAUCCUCCAUCUCAGAGUCCACACGGGGGAGAGGCCCUUCUCCUGCUCGGAAUGCGGGAAGUGUUUUAUGCGCAAAGCCCGGCUGGUUGAACAUCAGAGGCGCCACACGGGAGAGAAGCCAUAUUCAUGCUCUGAAUGUGGCCAGAGAUUCACGGAGAGGCAGUUGCUCAACUUCCAUCAGAAGAAGCAUGCUGAUAAGAGCCAGAACUCAUGCAUGAUCUGCGGCAGAUGCUUCAUACACAAGUCCAGCUUGGUCAAACACUGGAAAAUCCAUACCGGUGAGAAGCCGUUUUCCUGCGGCGAAUGUGGGAAGAGCUUUGCUCAUAAAUCGCACUUGGACCGCCACCAAAACAUCCACACCGGCGAGAGGCCUUUUUCCUGUGAUGAGUGCGGAGAAACCUUUCGGUGGAAGACCUCCUUCGUCGAACACCAAGCCAUGCAUUCGGGCAAGAGGCCGUUCUCCUGUUCGGACUGCAGGAAAUGCUUUGCGCACAAAUCGCAGCUAGAAAGGCACCAGAGGGUUCACACUGGGGAAAAACCCUUUAACUGCGCAGAGUGCGGCAAGUGUUUCCGGUGGAAGGCCGACAUGGUCUGCCACCAGGCCACGCACAGUAGUGAGAAUCCAUAUUCAUGUCCAGAUUGUGGAAGAUCCUUCACCAGGAAGUCUUCCCUCAACAGGCAUCAGAAAAAGCAACUGUGUGCCAAACCAGUUUGAUGUCUAUGCAUAUAUUCCAUACAAGCCUCAAAUUGCAUCGGGCAUGAUAUUUUUUGCAUCUGUAGGCACAAAGGAAAGCCGGAACCGCUCCAAGUCCUGAGCAUAUAUUCCUCUGGCCCCCCUCAACACUGGGUGCUGGCUUCAGACGCUCGUCCUGCUCGGCACAUAAGGCAAAAGCGAAAGACAAUGCUGCACUUCCAUAAAAUCCCACCAUAAAGUUUAACUACUGCCCGACCACUCACUAAAUAUACUGGGGUAGAUUCGGGUACCUUUUGCGCCCUCUUACGGAGGC